CUGUUGAAACUGCUUGGUUCACAUUUAUUUGAAUUCAUUUGGAUAAUUUCAAUGACAACAUGAGCGGGAACAUCUCUGCUACUGCAAGCGGUUUCAGUUUGAACAAAACCACUGACUUGGGGAUAGCUAACAGAGAGCUGAAUGAUGCUUCCAUUGAGUUUAAAGCCUUUAACAUCGUGAUUAUCUCUUUAGCCCUGUGUAUCCUGACCCUUACUGGUAUAUUCUGCAGCUUUUCCUACCACAACAGAAGGAGGCAAUUCAGACAGGCCAGGGUGUACGAGAACACUGUCGCCCAUGAGAAAGGACAGAUCCCGGUGCAUAUCAAAGGGGUGAAGAGGACCCACAGCUUUCACAAUCCAUUACCCUUAAUGAGAAAGCAGGAUACUUACAAGGACAGUUCACAGAUUUACUUCAUCUACAGCAACCCCAUUGCAGUUGCUGAGGAGGAUAGCAACGUGAUGCUGGAGGAAGAUCAGAUCCCAUUUCAGAAUAUGAUGUUACACGGUGAUAAACUCAGUGAUACUGAACAGCUGGGGGGUGUUAUCCAGGACCCAUCCACAUUUUACAUGCAACUCUAAAAGGGGAAGUGUGGGGAAGCUUACAUCUCUAUAAUAUUAGGAGGAGAUGAGUUUCCAGUCCCUUGACUAGCAAUGAAUUUAACACUUUUAAAACCAAGUUUUAAAAAAUGUAUUAAAAUUGGGGGUUUGAGCUACUGUUCAAUUAUAACUUUAAAAUGUGUGUCUUAUUAGACAAAAAUACAAUCUACUGCAAGUAUUUUAAAAUGAAGACUACAGCAGGUGUUGUUACUGAGGAAGUAAGUAUUGUAAAUAUGGCAGGUAGAGAUUUGGCCAGAUUUUUUUAUUCUGUGAGAACUAAAUACAAAAUGACAUAAAUAAAAAAUGAUUCAUGUAUAACAGCUUUAAGUUAUGACACAUUAAACAUCAGCUUGUGUCCUGCUGUUUAUUAUUUAUUUCAACAUUAUCUUGACUCUCAUUAUUUUAUUAAUUAAAUGUUAACGCAGCUAACAAAAAUAAUAAUAAUCCAUGUUGUAUUAGGUAUUAUUGCAUUAGCUCGACACAUGUGAAAAGACAGAAAAAGUGGAGUGAUUUAUAAUUAAAAGAUUAAAUGAAAAAUAGAUCUGCAUGAAUUCUUCUUAUUGUAAUCCCUACAUCUAAAUCUAACCACUAUUGAUAUUCGGAGAGAGACGUCCUGGUGAAUCUGCUCCUCGAUCUUGGUAGACUGGCCAUCUACAAGACUGGGAAGUGCAAGAUCACCAGGGAGAGUCUCUUUGACUGAGGAGCCAUGCUCAGAGACCUGGUCCGGUACCAGGUUAUUUUAGAGCACUCCCACGAGGAGUCCACUAGUGACAUGAUGGAUUUUGUCAACCAGUAGUCUCUAAAUAGCGUGCUCUGCACGGUUUAUUUUGGUUCCCUCAUUUAUUUGUCCUUUUGACUGUUUUUUUUUUUUGUUAAAUUUAGUUAAUUACCCAUUUUUGUAAGCACCCCCUUUUUGAGGGUGCUAAAUAGAAUGUUUUUCUCCAGAUGUCACUCAGUUAAAUAGGACUGAUAUUUUAACCUAAUUCAUUGUGAAUCAGGUUUGUCUGAAAAAAGAUUUUUUUUUUUCAAGCCUGCUGGUUAAACCAGGAAGCAACCUUGGCAAAGUUCCAAAGAGGUUUGCCCAAUCCCCAUGUGAAAGCUCACGAGACCCAGCACACAUAUAAAGGACAUGCGAGAUUAGGUACAUGCAACAUGCACUCUGUACCAUGCUCAUGAGGCCACAACAGCUCUAUAUAGCAGGACAAAGUCCUGUCCAGAGACAAAUCAGUGUGCCCGUUUGCAAAAGGGUCAUGCUAAAUGUCUAGAGGGACUUUUAUUUAGAAAGAAGAGCAAUGAGAUAAGGAGAGAUUGCAUCAGUAGCAAUUCCAAAAAUAUAUUCACAAUGUCACUACUCUUAAGCAUGUUAAAUGUUAAAAUAUUCCAUAUUCUACACUCCCAGAUUCUCUUAACAAUGUAGACUGGGAAUACGGGAAAGGCCCCCAAACCUCUUCAACCUGGUGUUUAAAGCAAAUACAUUUUUUUCUGAUUUGAGCUCAGAGUCUCUGAUUGGUUUUAUAGAAAACAGAACUGAAGUAAUUGUUAUCCCUGAGGGUCUCUUAAACUGAGUGUAGUAGAGGCUCUGAGCUCUGUGAACAAUUUAAUCAGGGAGCUCCUUUUAGAAUUACUAUACUUGAAAAUCUACAUAUGUUUAAAUUUGUAUUUGUCUGUGUUGCAAAUAACUGUUUCCU